GUUUUAGUUGAACAUACCCAGGAUAGGACCUGUCUGUUCUCUUUAAAUCAGAUCGAAGACAGAAAAUUCCAGAGUUUUAAGGAAACUGACCAUGUCUAUCAUCAUUUUCAUGCUGUGUUUGUACCUGAACAUAGCAUAUUCAGACGAAAAUGUGAAUAAUGUUGGAUUCAGGUAUGAUGGAUACUUCAAGUUGAGUGCAGGCAGUGAGCAAGAGCUCAGACAUUCGAAUCUGACGGCUAAAGCAAUAUAUGCCGAUAGUGGCCUUAGUGAAGCAUCGCAAGUCUUUUACAAUCUUCCUCUUCGAUUCAAGAAUUCCAACGCCACUCCUUCUGUCUUCUCUUUCUCUACCACUUUCAUCUUUGCAAUAGUAGCCACUGAUCCUGAAUUUCACGGCCAUGGACUCGCCUUAGCUAUCUCGCCGACUAGAGGUAUUCCUCAAGCUCAGCCAAACCAGUAUCUUGGCCUAUUCAAUGCUACCAACAAUGGUGAAAGUUACAAUCAUAUUGUUGCAAUAGAGCUUGAUACUGAUGAGGAUUUUCAGUUUCAUGAUAUUGAUGAUAACCAUCUUGGAAUUGAUAUAAAUGGGUUGGACUCUGUCAAUAGUUCUUCAGCGGCAUACUAUAAUGAUCGUGGUCGUCUCAGAAAGCUAGAUCUUACAAGUGGAGAACCGAUGCAGGUUUGGGUUGAAUACGACAGUAAAGAUCAUAAACUCAGUGUCACAAUUCAUCCCAUAAACAUACCUAAACCUGAGAUUCCUCUUCUCACACUGAAAACAGAUCUUUCUUCUAUUUUCUCUGAGUUUAUGUUUGUUGGGUUCUCAUCCUCUACCGACUCAAAUUCAUCUCAUUACAUAUUGGGUUGGAAUUUCAGGAUGAACGGUCAAGCUGAGGAGAUUAAUCUUUCUCGCCUUCCUGACAUUCCUGGGAUUUUAGAUCCAAAUGAAAUCGGCGGAGGGAAAGGAUACAAGAAAGUUUUGAUAGUUAUAUCACCGCUAGUAGUAGGUGUGGUUUUCCUUCUAAUCUUGAUUUAUGGUGCGAUCAUGAUCUCGAGGAGGAGAAAAUUCAUUCAAGUUCUUGAAGAUUGGCAAAUCUUGUAUGGGCCUCAUAGGUUCACUUACAAGGACUUGUUCAUUGCAACAAAAGGGUUUAGAGAUGGACAACUUCUUGGCAGAGGAGGUUUUGGAAGAGUAUACAGAGGAACUCUACCAUUUUCCAAUGUUCAAAUUGCAGUAAAAAGAAUUUCUCAUGAUUCAAGACAAGGAAUGAAAGAAUUCAUAGCAGAAAUCGCAACCAUCGGUCGUCUCAGGCAUCCAAACUUGGUAAGGCUUCUUGGCUAUUGCAGAAGAAAAAAUGAACUCCUCUUAGUCUAUGACUACAUGCCUAAUGGAAGUCUAGACAAGUUCCUCUACCGCAUGCCAAACAGCAUACUCAGCUGGAAACAAAGAUUCAAGAUCAUAAAAGAUGUGGCAUCUGGACUCUUGUAUCUUCACCAGCAAUGGGUUCAAGUCAUCGUCCACAGAGAUAUCAAACCAGCCAAUGUUCUGAUUGACAAUGACAUGAAUGCUAGACUGGGAGAUUUCGGCCUUGCCAAGCUAUGGGACCAUGGAAAUGAUCCUCAAACAUCUCAUGUGGCAGGAACUCCGGGCUACAUAGACCCAGAAAUUGUGCAGAGUGGAAAAUCAAGCACGUGUACUGAUAUAUAUUCAUUUGGGGUGUUUCUGUUGGAGGUUGCUUGCGGUAGAAGGCCGAUCGAAACUCAAACUUCGCCGGAGAAAGUAUUGCUGUUAGAAUGGGUUAUGGUGUGUUUGGAUAAGGGAGACAUAUGUGAAGCAGUGGACAGCAGAUUGGGGGAUGAAUAUGUUGUGGAAGAAGCUGAUUUGGUGCUCAAACUUGGGUUGCUCUGCUCACACCCUGUUGCUUCAGCUAGGCCUACGAUUUCUACUAUAGUGCAAAUUUUUGAUGGAGAUUCUCAGUUGCCUGAUAACUUAUCAGACUUAAUGAAGUUUAGAAAAGUUGGAGGCUGGUCAGGUCAAGGAUGUUCUUCAUCAUUCUCCACCUUUCCUACUGGGCAGACUUCUAUUGCUUCAAUCACUUUUACAGAACCAUUUGCCUCUGAUGGCCGCUAGUUGAUGAAUUACAUGUAGUUUCAAUACAAAUGUAAACUUCACGUAGAUGUGUAAAUAAACAAAAUCAUGGGUUUAUUUUUAUCUA